AGCAGCUCGACGGUUGUGGUAAGUGGCUUCACUUUCCACCCAUCGCGCACCGGUCGCUCGUUUUGUACCGUCGUUGUCAUCGUCGAAUGUCGAUAAGGCGGAGCGUGAUGCAGCGGAAAGUGAUAGCGCGCUACGGGAGGCGGUGGUGCUGAUGUUGCCGGUCGCUUACUCGCGUCAUCUAAACUCAUCUUGCAUUAUUCAUUAGGCGGCGCGCGCUGUACUUUUUGACUGUUGUCGUCCUUUCUCCUUUUCUGUUGUUUGGCUUUUUAACGGGCUCCCCCUUCCCGUACCGCUCAAAAGCCGCGCGCUCUAAAUAUUGAAACCGCGUCGGUUGCCGGCCCAUGUUAACCGGGGUUCUCCGUCAAGCAGCCAAAACAUCCAACGUCCAUUUAUCUCACGCUCCCUACGUUUUUUGCUCACUUCCUCUCGCCAACCGUUACUUCGUCGAAUCCUGUCUCCUGUAUUGCCGCUGCAGUGCUCUACAGCUCUCGGCACGUCGACAUGAACCCGUUCGCCGAGCUGUUUCACCGGAUCGCCCUGCUCGUCCUCACGCCCAAAUGCUACCAAGUGUUCUUCUACGAUUUGGAUUUCUUCAACGGUACUUGUAUAAGGUCUGCUCUCAGUAAAGGUCUUGGAUUUGGAAUAGUCGGCGGAUCUCUUUUAGUCAAACUUCCACAAGUUAUCAAAGUAUGGCAAAGCAAAAGUGCUGUUGGAAUUAGUUUAGUAAAUGUUUGCAUGGAUCUAUUUGCUGUCACAUCAAAUGUUGUAUAUAGCUAUUCUAGUCAAUUUCCAUUCAGCUCAUGGGGUGAUUCAUUAUUCAUACUAUUCCAAACAUUACUAAUUGUAAUAUUGGUUUUCUACUAUAACAUAUCUAAGAGGGCAGCUAGUGCUUUCGCAUUUAUUUAUUGUUCAUUAUUGUUCCUUCUCGUAUCUGAUAUUGUUCCAAAUUCUUUUCUCUGGAAUGCACAGUUUAUCAGUAUACCUUUAAUGUUUUAUGGCAAGAUGACUCAAGGCUAUGUAAAUUUCCAAAAUAAAAGCACAGGGCAAUUGUCAAUGGCUACUUCUAUUCUUUUAUUUUUAGGAUCAUCCGUACGAGUAUUCACAUCCGUGCAAGAAACUGGAGAUAAUCUUUUAAUUUGGAGUUUUGCUCUUGCAUCUAUUGCUAACUUUAUAAUUGUUACUCAAUUUUAUUGCUAUAAAUCAGGGUCACCUGUUAAGACUAAAAAAAAAACAAAAAAGAAUAAAAGAGCAUAAAUAACAUAACCAGCGUGCCAUGUAUAUCUACAAUCAUAUGUUUUCAAAAUUAAAGUAGUGUUAUGGUAGAAAUAUAAUAACCUGUCUUUAAAGUAAAUCUUCUAAUCAAUAAAUUAAGUGAUAUGCUUAUACAUAUAUUCCUUCUAAAAAUAUUUAGAUAUUAAGUUUUGAUUGUAAAAUUCCAUUCAGUAAAUUUUGAUAAGAAUUCAUUUUACAUUGAAAAUUAAUAAUUAUUCAUUUUUGUUUGUAUUUGGUAUGGAAGUAUUUGUAAAUUUUUAAUUCGUUUCUUUUAACCAAGUGUAAAGUUUUAAUUUAUUCAAAUUAAAUUUGAUUCAUUCAGAUAACUGAUUGAAAAUAAGAUUUUCAUGUGUUCAAAUUAAUUUGAUUUAAAGUUUUUGUGAGUGUAAUUAUUUCAUUUUAAUGUAUAGAGUAUGAAUAGUUUUCUUAAUAUUAUUUCCUAUAAUGAGUAUUAAGAGUCGAGGGGAAGGGUUUCUUUAUGCUAUAUGUUUUAGAUGGAGAAUUAAUUUUGUUUAAUAUUUUAACCUAUAUCACUAUAAUAUUUAUUAUACAAUUUUUAAUAAGUUUUCUAUAAAAAAAUUAUUUCCUUUUAUCUAUCAGAAAAAUAAAACAUGAUUAUAUCAUCAAAUUUUUAUUAGAACAUUAAAUAAUUUUAAAUUCAUGAGGUUAAAAUAAUAUUUUGCAAUGGAUUUUUAUCAAUUAUACAAAUAAAAGAAUCAUUGAACAUAUUAUACAUUUAUUGAAAAUACAUAUUAUAAAAAGGUAUAUUGAAAUUCCAAACUUUUAACAAAUCAUUUUUUAAAUCUAGAUAUAAUUGCUGAGUUAAAAAUGUAGCCACGACAUUUUAAUAAAGUUAUUGCUGAAAAACCAAAGCAAAACAAUUUAAACAUUAUAUUAUUACCCAAAGACUGGUAAACAUAGGAUAAUCUUUGAUUUUGAUUUAUAUGUAGUGUGAUGUAUGUAAAUUAUAGUUUUAAAAAUAUUUGUAAUGUUUAUAAAAUAUGAAUUAGAUAUAAAUUAGUCAUUAUUAUUCAAUACAUUAGGUAUUGUUCAUAAUAAUAAAAAUAAUAAUCAUUUUUCUCAAUCAAGUAUGUAAUUUUAAUUAUUGUAUUAUGUAUUUAUAAUCAACUGAAAAAAUGUAUAUGUAUAAAUUAUAGAAUACUUCUUUUCUAAUUAAUUAUGUGGUUUAUGUGUUAAUGGUAGACUCGUUCAAAGUUAUAAUUUUUUGUGUUAUAUAUGAGACAUUAUUAAUAGUGAAGACUGGAGUAUUAAGACUUAACAAAUGUAUCAAGAUUUAUAAUUAAUAGAUCAAAUCAUUCUCAAUAUUGUGAGAGACUACUUAAUAUCAGAAUAACAUAUAUGCUUGCAUUUUAUAAAUGUUUAUUAUAACUGUAUUAUAUAAUAUCUAAGAAAUGUGUA